AUGGUGCUGAUCCAACCCGGCCGAGGGGGUCAGGCCACCCCCAAACCCGCGUGCCCUCGACGGCCUCCAGGCGCGCCCUCGUGCGCGCGCGGGUGCUGGUCUCUCCGGAAAGGGGGGGGGGGGCGCCCUGGAAGAGGCGAGCCCCUGGCCCCCCAGGCUUCUGCGCCGCCUCCCAGCCGCUACCGGGGAUCCCCCCCGGGCCCCGGUGCUCGCCCUCCGGCCCUUCUCUCCAUCGGGCGCCCGCCGCCGAGGGACUGCCCCUUCUACCCCGCGCGGUCCUCGCGGCCUCGGGGCCUCCCCGGCGUCCCGGGCCGCACCGACAAGCCCCUCUGCCGGUCUCGCCCCCGGACCCUCCUCGAGGCCCUGCCCCCGCGCGCACCCCUCCCAGCCAGCCCGCCCUGCGCCCCCUCCUCAGCCCUGCCCCCGGGUCCCGGCCGAGGCCCCCAGCCCGCCUGUCAGACUCCCCGCCCGGAGCUGUGCCUGGGGGGCCCUCCUCCCGAGGGCAGGUGUCACCUUGAGGUGCUGGCGGCUACACCGGCCCCCAAGGGCACUCAGGAUGGCUGGACCCUCCCAACCGGGGAAGCCAACCCUUUCUUGUCGGCCUUUUGGGCUGAAAACUGCUGCUUGAGCAGGAACUCUCCAUCCCCAAAGCAUCCAGAGGACCCAGAGGACGGUGCUUCAGCCAGCACACCCCACGAUCGGGGGCGCGGGAGGCAGAGGCUUCUCUGUGCGAGCAGCCCGGGACCCCGUCCAGGGGAGCAGGGGGCUGGUGUGGGCAGCCCCUCGUGCCUCCUCGUGAUGCCAGGACCUGGCGCCAUAGCCUUCGACCCCCAGGGCGCUGCUGCCCCACUGGCCCUGGUCCCCAGGGAGGGCGAGCCAGCCCAGAGGCAGCCGGGGCCCAGGGUCUGCGGGAGGCCUGCUGUGCCACUCAACCCGCCCAGCCGUGCUGUGACCCCAUGGGGACGAGGCCCCAGCAGGGGGGGCACGGCCACGGGAAUGCCCCUGCACGCGGGUCCCACCCAUGACACUAGGGCCACUGCUGCCCCAGCACAGCGAGGGCGUCCAGCCCUGCAGGUGCUGAGCAAGGUAGAGCAUCUCUUCGUGGGGACGGCCGUGAGUCCUGAAGACGCCGGCUGGGACAGGACGGCAGGGGGCGGAGGGGGAAUCGGGCUGCGGGCCGGGCAGCUGGGCGACCAGGACAGCUGGGGGCGGGCAGGGGCCCAGAUCAGGUGCCCCCAGCCCGGCUGCCCGCCUGCCCCGCCCCCAGGGAGCCCCACCUGGACCCCUGACAGGGGGGACAGUGCAGGAGGCAGCGGUUCAGGCCACGGGAACUUCCAGGAAUCUUCCCAGGAAACCCGGCCCCAGCCCAGCAGCCAGUGCGGGACGCUGAGCGGACCCCGGGGAGCAACGCCAGGGAGCUGGGGGUCCACGGCCCGAAGAGCCGGGGCUGACGGAGCUCCACGGCCACCCUCGCCAGCAGCAUCAGCUGCUUUACUUCCAGCCGGCGGCCAGAGCAAGUGUACCGGGGGGGAGGAGACACCCCUGCUGGAGCCUGGAGCCGUGAACCCAGGAAACCGCAUCCUAAAUGGAACCCCGUCCCCCCCCGCACCCUGGCAGUCCUCGGCUCGCGCCACUGCAGCCCAUCCCCGGCUCGUGUCCCCAGGCCCCGUGCCCUCAGGGCCGUGUCCCUCUCCUGUAACACCAGUCCUCUGGGCCUUCGGGCUCAGCCUGCUCCAGGAGAGCCUCCUCUUAGCCAAACCCAUCGUGACAGCCUGA